UAGUCUUAGUCCGCGGGGGUCCUCUCACAUGGGCCAGACUCACUUUAACAUCUGGCUUCUUUAAGAAUCCACUUGACACCUGCUGACUUGGCGCUCAUAUAUGUAGCUGUCAUGUGGAGCACAGCAGGAGCCGAUGCUAACACAACGAGUCAGAAGAAAAUAAUAAAUAGAUUUGUAGUGUCGUCGUGUACCUUUGGCUGUGCAGAACAGUCCGACACUAAAACAGAGCAUUAGUGAAUGGGGCCUGGUGAGAGCUGUCUCUGGCUUUGUGUUUCAGAUCCCAUGCAGCUGAUGUCCAGCAGGGCCGGAGGAGCGGCUCUCCUCCUCCUGCUGCUGCACUGCUGUCACAUAGCCAGCAGCACCCACGGCCACAAGUCUGACUCUGCCUUAGCUGUGAUGGAGACUACAGGAGGAGGUGAUGAAGAGGAGGAGGUGACGGUGGAGGAAGAUGAAGGAGAUUUAGAGGUGGUCCAACCUACUGAGGAGUGGCAGACUCUGCAGCCAGGCCAGGCAGUGCCAGCAGGUUCCCAUGUGAGGCUGAAUCUGCAGACGGGUCAAAGGGAGGUCCGACUGGGAGAAGAGCAGCGUAAAUACUGGACCCAGGAACACAGAAGACAGAAGAGAGCCGGUCCCACCUUCAGUCCAACUGAACUCAAACGUGAUAAGAAGAUAAAGGAGGACAUGAACCCCACAAGCAAAGACCAGCAGCAGACGUUUCGUCCUCUGGAGGAACUAAAGAGGGACAUGGCUCAGCUGGACCUGAUGGUCGAGACGGAUGUUCAGAUAAUGAGGCGCCUGCUGGAGAGCUAUAACAGCAGCGAGUCGACUACAGAGCAGAAACUGAGCCUCCUGAUGGAGCUGGAGUACCUGGUGCAUCAGGUGGAUAACGCCCAGACUCUGUGUUGGAUGGGGGGUCUGCAGCUUCUGCUGGAGGGUCUGAACAGCUCUGACUUCAGACUGCAGCAGAGCUGUGCCUUUGUCCUGGGCUCUGCGGUGUCCAGUAACCCGCUGGUCCAGGUGAAGGCUGUGGAGAGCGGCGCUCUGCAAACACUCCUCACCAUGCUGGCCACAGCACAGCCACGCCCAGUCACAAAGAAGGUUCUCUUUGCAGUGGCCUCCCUCUUACGGAACUUCCCUUACGCACAGCGCCACUUCCUGUCCCAUGGAGGGCUGCAGGUCUUGUCAGAGCUGUUUAGGGCCGAUCGGGGGGGAGUUUUGCGUACACGCAUCGUCACCAUGUUAUACGACAUGAUCAGUGAGAAGGAGCUGAUCUCUCAGACCGGCCUGGACCCGGGACUGGACGCCGCCCACGAGGAGCGCCUGCGUCAGUACUCGGCCGUGUCUCUGCAGGGGGAGUUGCGGGAGAAGGGCUGGUGCGGUCUGGUACCCCAGUUGCUGGAGUCCACGGAGCACGACUACCGAGAGAAGGCUCUGCGGGCUUUGUUGGCGAUGGCUCCCGUGUGCUUGGAUCAGUACCGCUCGGACGGCUCUCUGCUGGGCUCCCUGCUCUCUCUCAGAGAGCAGUACCUGGAGAUGGUCCAGUCAGAAAUGAUCAUAGGAGAAGAGAACGGCUACUUUGGAGAGAUUGUUGAACUUAUUAAUGCUCUACAAGUCAAAAUAAAAUGAGGAGGAGUGCCCUGACUUCUACACUCACCACAGAGGGACAGACUCCUCCAGACACGAGUGUCCUGCAUGUCGGGCUGACCCUGGAGACGGAGCACUCUUUGGUUCAUCAUCAGUAGGAACUCCAGUAAAGUUUCAUCUGUGGCCUUGGAUCGCUGUUUGGAUGAGGAUUUCUUUUUCCUGGGUUGUCACUGUAAAAUAUUUUGUUGUUAGAAUAAAUUAAUAAUUUAAAAAUGAUGUUCUGGUGUUUCGGCGUAGCCAGUCUCGCAUAGCCAGAGCUUCCUCCACAGCGCUGCGGAGGAAGCGUUACACACAUUCAGCCAUACUAGAGUUGGACACCAUGGGGAUUAUAUAAGGCUUUGCUUACAAUGACGUAGAUUUUGUUUUAAAAUUAGGGGGGGAUACAUUACAACUGGG